AUGGAUGGACCCUUUGGCCGCAAGAAGGGGCCCAGGAAUAGGCGCCAUGGCGAGGAUGCGUGGUCCACUUGUGUUCCUGGUGGCCCCGGAGCUUGGAGCUCCACGUUGGACUGGCAAGUCAUGACCCAAACAGUCCUCCUUCUGCUGAUGGCCUUAGCUUCUUCCCUCUGCUUCAACUUGGACACGGACAGGCCAACCAUCUUCCACGUGGACAGGCCUGGGUUUGGAUACAGCGUGGCUCAGUACGACACCUGGGUGGUGGUCGGGGCUCCCCAAGAGGUGAAGGCUGUCGACCAGACAGGAGGCAUCUACCGGUGUGCCUACAAGGGGGGCACUUGCGAGGCUUUCCCCCUGCAAGUCCCCACAGAGGCUGUGAACAUGUCCCUGGGCCUGUCUCUGGCAGCUGCCACCAACCCCUCCCAGCUGCUGGCCUGUGGCCCCACUGUGCACCGUGCAUGCAGGGAGAACAUGCACUUGAAUGGGCUCUGCUUCCAGCUAGCUGCCUCCUCCCAAGGGGCCCAGAGAUUGCCCGCUGUUCUUCAGGAGUGUCCAAAGCAGGAGAAAGAUAUCAUGUUCCUGACUGACGGCUCAGGCAGCAUCUCCUCCUCCGAUUUCGCCACCAUGCUGAACUUUGUGAAGGCCGUGAUGAGCCAGUUCCAUCGACCCAGCACCCAGUUUGCCCUGAUGCAGUUCUCUGAUAAAUUCCAACUACAUUUCACUUUCAACGAGUUCAAACGCAGCUCAGCCCCCCAAGACCUAUUGGACCGUGUGAACCAAAUGACCGGGUGGACUCACACAGCCACGGCCAUUAAAAAAGCCACGCAGUAUAUGUUCAGGACCCAAGAUGGGGCCCGAAACGAUGCCACCAAGAUCCUCAUCGUCAUUACUGACGGGCAGAAACAAAGAGAUGAGCUAGACUAUGCGGAUGUCAUUCCCGAAGCAAACAAGGCGGGCAUUCUUCGCUACGCUAUUGGGGUGGGAUCAGCUUUUCAAAGUGCCAACUCCAGGCAAGAAUUGCAACUGAUUGCAUCAAAGCCCUCCCAGGAGCAUGUAUUUCAUGUGGAAAACUUUAACGCCUUGAGGGACAUUCAGAAUCAGCUGAAGGAGAAGAUCUUUGCCAUCGAGGGGACACAGUCCACAAAGGCGAGUUCCUUUGAACUGGAGCUGUCUCAAGAGGGCUUCAGUGCUGUGUUCUCCCCUGAUGGACCGGUUCUGGGGGCCGUAGGGAGCUUCAGUUGGUCUGGAGGGGCCUUCUUGUACCCCCCCAAGAUGAGCCCCACCUUCAUCAACAUGUCUCAGGAGCACGUGGACAUGGAGGACUCCUACCUAGGUUAUGCCAUCGAGUCGGCUCUUUGGAAGGGGGAGCAGAGCCUGGUCCUGGGUGCCCCCCGCCACCAGCACACCGGAAAGGUUGUCAUCUUCACCCAGGGGCCGAAGCGAUGGUUACCACAGGCUGAAGUCACAGGGACCCAGAUCGGCUCCUACUUCGGGGCCACCCUCUGCUCUGUGGAUGUGGACAGAGAUGGCAGCACGGACCUGGUCCUCAUUGGGGCCCCCCAUUACUACAAGCAGACCCGUGGGGGCCAGGUGUCGGUCUGUCCCCUGCCCCAGGGGAGGAUCCUGGGCUCCCAGCUGUCUCCCAGUCUGCAGUUUUUCGGCCAGUCUCUGAGUGGGGGGCAGGAUCUGUCCCAGGACUGGCUGGCGGACCUGGCCGUGGGGGCCCAAGGACACGCCGUGUUGCUCCGGAGCAGGCCUGUUCUGAAUGUGUGGGUGAAAAUGAGCUUCAGUCCAGAGGAGAUUGCACGGUCCCUGUUUGAAUGUCGUGACCAGGCAGCCCCUGCCCAGCCCCUGGGGGAUGCUGAAGUCUGCCUUACUAUUUCCCCAAGUUCUCGGAACUGGCUUGGUAACCUCCAGAGCUCUGUGACCUAUGACCUGGCACUAGACCCCGGCCGCCUGAGUCCCCGUGCCAUCUUUGAGGCAACCCAGGCUCGAAAUCUGACCCAAGUCCAAGUCCUUGGGCUGGGUCGGCAUUGUAGCACCGUGAAGUUGCUCCUACUGGCCUGCGUGGAGGACUCAGUGACCCCCAUCACCUUUCGUCUCAACCUGUCCCUGGAGGGAAAACCCAUCCCCUCUUACGGAAGCCUGCAGCCCAUGCUGGAUUUGGAUGCGGAGAGAUACUUCGUGGCAUCCCUCCCCUUUGAGAAGAACUGUGGGACUGACCGCAUCUGCCAGGAUGACCUUCGUAUCUCCUUUGACUUCUCCGGCUUGAAGAUGCUCCUGGUUGGGAGUCACCUGGAGCUGAACAUGCACGUGACCGUGGGGAAUGACGGCGAGGACUCCUAUGGGACCACCAUCGUCUUCUCCCACCCAACAGGGCUGUCCUAUCGACGUGUGACAGUAGCCCAGAACCCUCCGCCCUUGCCCUCCCCUCGUCUGACAUGUGAGAGCCGGCGGGCUGAGAGUCGAGGCCCCUGGAAGACCAGCUGCAACAUCAACCACCUCAUCUUCCGCGGGGGCACUCAGCUCACCUUUGUGGCCACCUUUGACGUCGACCCCAACGCCAAGCUCGGGGACCAGCUGCUCCUGAUGGCCAAUGUCAGCAGUGAGAAUAACACCCCCAGGACCAGCAAGACCACCUUUCAGAAGGCGCUCCCGGUGAAGUAUGCUGUCUAUGUCGUGAUCAACAGUCAUGCGCCAUCCACCAAGCACCUCAACUUCUCAGCCUCGGAGGAGGAAGAGAGCGGUGCGAUCCAGCACAGGUACCAGGUGAGCAACCUGGGCCAGAGGAAACUGCCUGUCAGCAUCAGCUUCUGGGUGCCCGUGGAGCUGAACGGAGUGGCUGUGUGGAAAGGAAUAGAAGUCCUUCCCCAGCAGGGUCCGUUCUUUCAGUGCUCUGGCGAGAAAACAGAGCCCCCCGAGUCCGACUCCCUGAGCCGCGUGCAGAAGCAGCCUGUGCUGGACUGCUCCGUUGCCACCUGCCUGAAGUUCCAGUGUGAUAUCCCCUCCUUCGACAUCCUGAAUGAGUUUGACUUCAUCCUCAAGGGCAACCUCAGCUUCGGCUGGGUCCGCCAGACACUGCAGAAGAAGGUGUUGGUCAAGAGUGUGGCUGAAAUCAAGCUAAACGGAGCCAUGUAUUCCCAGCUGCCCGGACAGGAGGCAUUCAUGAGAACACAGGUGGAGACAGUCUUGGAGAAGUACGAGGUCUAUAACCCCAUCCCCAUCAUCGUGGGCAGCUCCGUGGGAGGUCUGUUUCUACUGGCUCUCAUUACAGCCACACUGUACAAGAUCGGCUUCUUCAAACGCCAGUACAAGGAUAUGAUGGAGGAAGCAAAGGAAGGAGCUACCCCCGAAAGAGAGGCGUCAGACUCCCCAUUUGCCCAAUAAGCAACCCUCACCCCUACCUCCUGUUCUUCUCUGGAUCUGAUUUCCCUGAAGAUAUUCCUCUUGCUCUCCCCUAAGCCAAGGGCAAGGAGGGAGAAAUAUUCCUCACGAGGGAGGUUCAGAUCAGGCGGCUUCUCUUGGUAGAAACUCUGCCUGGGAAGGACCGUUUGCCUUGUCAGCACUCCAGCUGGAAACUUCGAUCACAAGGUCCCUACCGGGCACCCACCAGAGGUCUUGGCUUUGAAAUUCUACCUGGAAAUACGUAGACGAUGGCCCCAGAUGCCAGUUUCCCUUCUUGCCCUGGGCACCAGUGAUGUUUAGGAAAUGGCACACUUGUCCUCACCCAUCUCCGGUGGCUCCCUGCUGCUUUCAGGAUAACAGCCCCACACUCUGGGCCUGGUGUGACAAGUCCAGUUUACGCCCCGAGCCUCCCAGCCACCCUGGUUUUCUCCGAAAUCCAGUCGGCAUCGACCCCUUCAUCCCUCUUUAUAGUCUUCCCCCAGAUUGUCCAGCCUGAGCUAGGAAUGAACUGUCUGCCCACUGGAACUCAUAACCUGGCCUCCUACAUUGGGCAACAUUGCUCGUUGGCCGAGAGGAGUGUCUGCUCCAACACCAUGGCGGCUCGGUCUCAAAAAAAGGCCCAGGUCAUGUGUUUGUUUUGUUUUGUAUUGUUUUUGAGGCUCCAAUGUAUUAAAGCAAUGAAGGAAUGUCAGGAAAUGAUGACCAAAUAUGUGUGUUUUUAGUAUUUGCGUUAAGAAGAAACUAUCACACAAAAUGAGGCGUUUAGCUUUCUUGGGGAAUAUGUCAACUAUCUAAAUAAAGGCCUUUUGUGGACAUGA